AGGAUUAAGAACAAAAAUAGCUCAUUUGUGGCCUGGCUUAUAACAUGGUCUAUUUUAUGGACGCAAACUGCGACAUAUAAUGGUGGCCAAUGCAAAAAGGAACAGACAGAAAUAAGAUAGACAAUGGAGUCUUCCCUCCCCAAGAGUCUUCUUGUUCUCUCAUUCUUUCUUUUCCUUUUUGUGCACCUUCUUCCGUUAUGCUCAGCUAAGAAAUCUCUCUUGACAACCUACCAUAAAGGUCCUCUUCUCACCGGAGACGUCAACCUGUCCGUACUUUGGUAUGGCCAAAUCAAUCCUAUUCAAAAGUCUGCCAUCAAAACCUUCAUUCAAUCUCUCAACAAUGAUCAUAAUGUGAGCUUCGAGCCACGAGUGUCCUCAUGGUGGAAUAUUGUCGAAAGCUACCAAACGGUGGCCAACAAAAGCUUGAAGAAGAGCCCAAAGAUUACGGUGAAGGCGGUGAAGGAAAUUGAUGAUGACAAAUACUCCAUUGGAAAGGUUUUGAAUGACGACUCUCUUGCAGGUCUAGUGCAAAAAGCCAGUGGCAGAACCCCUAAUACUGUUGCCGUUAUUUUUGCAGCCAACGACGUGACUGUCAAAGAUUCAUGCUCGGAAUGGUGCUUCCUCCAUGGCGCUAUUGGGAAGCAGGUUUACAUAGUGGUUGGGAACCCAGAAAAUGAGUGUCCAUCAACGUGUGCAUGGCCAUUCCAUAGGUCAGAAAAUGGGGCACUAGGUUUAACAUUGGAUCCACCAAGUGGGGAUGAGGGUACAGAUUCUAUGAUUGUUCACUUUGCAUCAGCAUUGGCCGCAACCAUAACAAACCCUUACGAAACCGGAUUUUUCGGGGGUCUCUCAGAUAAACCAUUGGAGGCGACAACAGCCUGUAAGGGGGUGUUCGGGACAGGGGCUUUCCCAGGAUACACUGGAAAGGUUCGAGUCGACCCCCGCAGUGGUGGGGGCUUCAAUGCACAUGGGUUGAACAAUGCAAGAUUCUUGUUGCCUGCAGUAUGGAACCCUAAAAAUUCAUCAUGCUGGACCCUUAUGUGA